AUGGAUCCAUCGUUCAUAAACGAAUUAACUAACUGCUUACAACAUACUGUUUCACCAGAAAGAGAAACCAGAAGAUCAGCAGAGGCAUAUCUAAAAGCUGUGGAACUACGCCCAUCGUAUUGCUUAUGCUUGCUCCAUAUUCUUCAGGAUCCAAAUGUCCCUUCCCCAACACGAAUAGCUGCAGCUAUCACUUUGAAAAACUUCAUCAAGAAUCACUGGCAAGUUGACUCAGAUGAGACAGAUCGUAUACAUGCAUCUGAUCGUGAUGGAUUACGCAAUCAAAUCAUUGGAGCUAUGCUUUCAGUAGCAGGGAAUAUUCAAUCGCAACUUUCCGAAGCCAUAAGUACAAUUUGGCGAGAGGAUUUCCCAGAAAAAUGGCCGAAUUUGAUACCUGAAUUAGUGCAAAGAAUGGCACAACUUGGCGCAGAUUUAAAUAUGGUCCAUGGAGUUCUUUAUACAGCUCAUACAUUGUUUAAAAGAUAUCGUCACGAAUGCGCUGGUCCAGAUUUGUACAGAGAAAUGAAACUUGUGAUUGGUCAAUUCGGUGCACCACUUACGGAACUUGCUAAGAAUCUCCUUGCCUUGGUUAUUGGAGCGAAUCGGAUCUCAGAUGCCUCACGUUUAACUACAGUUCUUCAAUCUUUACUACUAGUCUGUAAAAUAUUUCUCAGUCUUAAUUGUCAAGAUUUGCCAGAAUUUUUCGAAGAUAAUAUGCAAGAUUGGAUGACAUUUUUUCGUAGUUUAUUACAAUUAAAUGCAUCAACUUUAAAUUUAACCAAUGGAAUAAAUGAAAAUAAUAAUGCUACAGUUUUAGUUGAACAAAUUAAAUCACAAAUUUGUGAUAAUGCCAGUUUAUAUGCAUCAAAAUAUGAACCAGAAUUUGCUUCAUAUCUUCCUGGUUUUGUUACUGAUGUAUGGGAAAUGUUAUUAGGUACUAGUGCUCAAACAAAAUAUGACUUGCUUAUUGGAAAUGCAAUUGGAUUUUUAAGCUGUGUCAUAUCUCGUCCACAGCAUAGAUAUUUAUUUGAAAAUCCUGAAACAUUACAAAAACUCUGUGAAAAAGUUAUUCUUCCUAAUAUGCAUUUUAGAGCAUUAGACGAAGAAUUAUUCACUGAAAAUCCUGAUGAAUAUAUUCGCUUAGAUUUAGAAGGUUCUAAUGCACAAACACGUCGAAGAGCAGCAUGUAAUCUAGUUCAUGUAUUAUGUGAAGCGUUUGAAGGUGCUGUUGUAACAAAUUUCGCUACAUAUAUUGAACAUUUAUUAAAUGAAUAUACAAAUACACCAAAUGGUGGAGCAUGGACUUCAAAAGAUGCAGCUUUACUAUUGGUCACUUCAGUUGCUAGUCGUGGUAAAACAGAAAAGCAUGGUGUUACAGUCUCCACUGAAUUAGUUAAUCUAACAACAUUUUUUGAAAAUCAUGUUCUACCUGAAUUACGAAAUCCUAAUGUUAAUUAUUUGCCUGUGAUCAAAGCGGAUUGUUUACGUUAUGCUAUUGCAUUUCGUUCACUACUUCCAUCUGUGGCCUUAAUCAAUCUAUUGAAUAUGACUCCAGUGUUACUUACUGCUUCAGCACCGGUUGUACAAAGUUAUGUAGCUUCAUUAAUUGAUAAAUUAUUGGCUAUGCGACGAUUAGAUUCACCUACAGAUCCUGUAAUACCAAAAGAACAAGUAUCAGAACCUCAAUUAUUAAUUGAUAGAUUAUUGAAUAUUUUGAAUAAUCCUGAAUAUGGUGAAAAUGUUUAUGUAAUACGAGCCUUAAUGCGGGUUUGUUGCUGUUUACAAGAACGUUGUCUACCGUCAAUGACAUCACUUGUAUCCACUUUAUUAUCUCGUCUUACUCAAGUUGCAAAGAACCCAUGUAAACCGGAUUAUAAUCAUUUCCUAUUUGAAACAAUCUGUUUAUGUAUUCGUUUAACUUGUGCCACGGAACCAGCUUUAGUGUUACAUUUUGAAGCAGCAUUCCUUCCAAUCUUUCAAGAUAUUUUACAACAAGAUGUUGUUGAAUUUGUACCAUAUGUAUUUCAAUUGAUCAGUGUUAUGCUAGAACAGUAUCCAUUAUCUCAAACUGUUCUAACUAAUUGUAAAUUACCACAACCUGUUAUCAAUGGCAUGACAACAGGAACACCUAGUAAUUUCCGACCUUCACAGGCUUAUUCAGCUUUACUUCAACGAAUCCUUGUCCCAUCUCUGUGGGAACCAAAUAGAAAUGUUCCAUCGCUUGUUCGUUUGUUACAAGCUUACCUGUUACAUAAUAUGGAUGAUGUGUUAGCAGCUAAUAAGAUUACACCGAUUCUAGGAGUAUUUCAAAAAUUAGUUAAUUCUUCUAUAAAUGAUGUGUAUGCAUUUGCUUUAUUAAAUGCUAUUCUAUUAUCUGGUCCAAAAGAUAUUUUAAUGCCAACCUAUUUUCGUCAAAUAUUCAUGAUUAUAUUUCGUCGAUUACAAUCAUGUAAAAGAGAGAAAUUUAUGAAAGCUUUUGCAUCAUUCAUUGCUCAUAUGGUAUUAAUCUAUUCACCGAAUGAAUUGAUUACACUUGUUGAUAGUAUUCAAUCGAAUCUAUUUGCUCGUGUACUAGAAAAAGUUCUUAUUCCAUAUGCUGAAAUUAUUAUCGCCACACCAUUGAUUUCAACUAGUGGUUUUGCAAAAAGUGCUGAAGUAUCUAGUCUACCAUCUACUUCUGUCUGUACAGAAUGGCGUAUGAAUAGUAUUGGAUUAAUCCGAUUUAUUGGUGAAGCACAAGCUUUACUUACCAGUGGUUCUACUUAUCGUGAAUCAUGGCUUCCUUUAUUAAUAAAAAUUAUUGCCGGUUUGGCUAGUGGUCCAGGACGUGGUGGUGAUUCUGCGAGCGAUUUGGCUGUAUCGAUGGCAAUGAAUUCUAUGGUAGAUGGUUUUCAAAAAGAUGAACGUUUCAUUGAAAUAGACUCAGAUCCUUCUGGUCAGUCAGCUUACUCUCAGUUGACAUUUGCAAUUCAAAAGUUACCGGAUUUAUAUGCUUCAAUUACUGAUCCCCGUGUUUACUUGGCAAAAACAUUGCAUGAUUUAUCCAAUCUAUCUCCGGGCAAGUUACCUGUAUUACUGAAUUCUAUCACAGAACAAUCUAUAACUUUAUACUUAAAAUCAUUAAUGGAACGUAGUCAACUAUGUAUUAAUUAG